CCAAAGAGACGUUGCGACUUUGACGAAGACGCUUUGUCUCUUCCUCGUCUCUUGUCUCAGCCGAGACUAAGGAGAGGUUGCGAGUUCGAGUUCGAGUUCGGACAUCGCCGACAUCACCUAGGCGUUUUCGCCCAUCUAUAUACGCGUAGUUCAGGGAGCUGCAGCCUGCUGGCUCCCAUCAGCAGCUGCCCCAACCCUCAAUACUAUUGUGGUAAUCAUGAAUCAACAACACGAUAUGUAUUACGACUAUCCGAACACGGCAAACCGGUCGCCGGGGUCGACGAGGCAAGGUUAUGCUACUGUUGGCCUACCCUCGGGCCUAGGUAAUCGGUCGGGGCAGAGACCACUCGAGUCUCUUGGUCAGCAUAUGGGAUCCCCUUCCUUAUACGGACACGAUGAUCGGAUCGGUGGCGGUGCAGGAUAUGAGUCGCUGUCCAGAUUCGACCGUAUCGCACCCAGCGGUAUGCAGUCUGGUUACAUGUUGGAGAACAGUCAAACGUGGGGAUAUAACGGCGGAGUGGCUACCAUGAACGGUCCCAUGAACGGUAACGGUAGGUUAGCGGUGAGGGCUGUAAAUCGCCGAGCCGCUCUACCUACGACUUGGACUGAUCAAUCAGGGUUGGGCGUGCAUUCUAUGCCUCAGCUAUAUGAUCCGAAUAUGUCGAUGAAUGGGAACGACCAUGAUCUAUCCAGCAUGGCCGGCGCUGCUGCUGACACUCGGGGGAUGAUGGCUACUCCAGGAGCGUCCGAUUCCGAACAGCUUAUUCCUACAGCCAUCGUUAUCAAGAACAUCCAGUUCCAAUGUCGAAAGGAGAUCCUGCAAGGGCUUAUGGCCUCGAUGAAUCUCCCGCAACCGUAUGCUUUUAAUUACCAUUUCGAUAAGGGUGUUUUCCGAGGGCUUGCUUUUGCCAAUUUCUCAACAGCUGAGGAUACUGCUGUUGUAAUUCAGAAGAUGAAUGGUUUAGAAGUUAUGGGCAGGAAGUUGCGCGUCGAAUAUAAGAAGAUGCUGCCCCAGGAUGAACGCGACCGGAUUGAUCGGGAGAAGCGGGAAAAGAGAGGUCAGCUUGAGGAACAGCAUAGAGCGCCGCUUCCUAUGCACCAGCAGAGCGCCCUUCAGGCCCUCGGUGUGAGUGUUAACAAGCAACCAAGCAAUUCGCCUCUACGAGACGUUGACCUAAAUGACCCAACGACUCUCGAAUUUUACACGCAGCUUACUCUCUUCAAGAGCGAUCCGUCCCGCGAAGUCCACAUCUUCUCCCCCGACGUCACCCCCGAGCAGCGACGGCAGAUACAUAUCCUUGCCCAUAAUAUGGGCUUGGAGCACAGAUCCGUUGGCGAAGCUGAUCGAAGACAGAUCCAGAUUAUGAAGCGACCGCAAAACUCGCCUCCCGUCCAUGCCCAGAGCCAGCUACCGAACGUCUCUUGGGAAGAUCAUCGACGCGGACUUAGUCGUGCUGCUACAUACGACUUCACCGAGUCCCGUAUCGGAUCUAGCGCCUACCACGCGCUCGGUAGGCAGGGCCCUACGUUGGAGCUCCCUGGUAGCCCAGACACCGGAAUACCGAACAACCUCCGGGCUGCUAAGAGCUUCGCGGAUCUGCGCACACACAGUCCGAGCCCUGCGCCGUCCGGUUCGAGCUAUGCUGGCCUUGGAAAUGGCCUCGGGGCCCGCUAUGGUGAUUUUUCCCAAACCUCGUUGACCACGCCGCCCAACUUAACCCCGACAUCAGGUCAAAAUGCGGCGUCGAGCACCGAUGCUCUAUUGGCGAAUAAUAUGAGCUCGAUAAGUUUGGGAUUUGACUCGGGCGCUUCGCACAUGCGUGCUAGGGAGACGCCCGGGGCCAUCGGGAGUCAAAGGCCUGGUGCGAACGGAGCAGCUAAUCGCAAUGCUCCCGAUAGACAGCCACGAGGUCCUGAAUGGGGAGAGGCUGGCCAAGGAUUCGGUGGUCGCAGCCGUGGUCAUAUGCAAAGAGGUAGCGAUUCGUCAGAUGCAGGACGUAGCGCUGGCACUGCUCGUUAUCACUGAUUUUAUCAUUCCUAUAAAAUCCGAAAUGGAGGGCGCGGGAAGUAACGACAAGCCGUGAGCCAUAUGGACUUAGACGCUUCUCGAAUGAUUUUCCAAUUCCUUCUAGCUUUGCUUUACUGCUCAUCGCUAUGGCAUAGGCUUCAAUUCUUGGGAUUGGCAGAAAUGCACGACGGUCACGACGUUUUGAAACCU